CAGACUCUCGCCAUUUGGGGACUCUCCAACUUCUCUCUCUCUUAUCUCUCUCUACCCCUUUUCCAUACCCCUCUCUCUAUAUUUAGCAACAUUUUUCCUCUCCUCGUUGUCCUCGUCUUUUCAUAUUCCCUAUAUAAUAACACCGCCAACCCACCGUCUCCGCCCCUCCACCGCAACUCCUCCUUCACCGCCACCGCCCGGUCUGAACCCUUGUAUCUGUACAUAGAUAAAGAAAGAAAGAAACAUAGAGAGGGGGGAGGGCGUGAUUUGGUAUCUGUACAUAGAAUAGAGAUUUGGAAGCUGUGGGUCUGUUUGUUUUCUUGAUUUAGCAUCCAUAGAAAACAUGGGCAGAGGAAAGAUUGAUAUAAAGUUAAUCGAGAAUGUGAAUAAUAGGCAGGUGACUUUUUCGAAGAGACGGGCUGGUCUUCUCAAGAAGGCUCAGGAGCUUUCCAUUCUCUGUGAUGCAGAGGUUGCUGUUAUCAUCUUCUCCAGUACGGAUAAGCUUUUUGAGUACUCCAGCACAAGCAUGGCGCACACAUUGUCAAGGUACAAGAAAUGCGUGGCUUCUAAAGAUACAACUGUUGCUGCAGAGAAGAAGCCAACGGUAGAGCGCAGGGAAGUGGUAGCUUUGAACAAUGAAAUCUCAGAGCUUAAAUCAAAGCAGAUUGAACUUGGAUGUAAUAUUAGGCAGUUGUUGGGUAAGGAUCUUACUGGUAUGGGCUUGUACGAAUUAAGGCAACUUGAGCAUAAACUAGAUGCAGCACUCUUAGCUAUAAAGGGAAGAAAGGAACAAUUACUGCUGGAACAACUAGAACACUCGAGAAAACAGGAGGAGCUGGCUCAGCAGGAGAAUGAGAUUUUGCGCAGAGAGAUAGAAGAGUUAAGAGGAUUACACCCAUCAGUUCUGAGUGCAGCAACCCCCCCUACUUUUUAUCUUGAAUAUCAUCCUACUGCACAAAGAACUUGUUCAUCUAGCAAAGAUGGCGCUGAGAGUCAAACAGCAUGUGAUGGUGAUUUGGUGGAAGAGGUUUCCGAUACUACCUUACAGUUAGCACCUCCAGAUGGUUCUGGUAGAAAGAGGAAGACGCCUGAACUGGAAACUCGUUCCUGCAAUUCUGAGAACAAUUUGCUCAAGUGACAAUAUGGCUAAAUGUUGAUGCUCUUUUUUAAAUUAUAAGAACAUGGGGGUCGGGCAGACAACAUUAUUCAACGGUGGCGUAAACCGUUAUAGAUUAGCAGUCAAAGCCCACCAGUGUUCUAACAUAUAUUAAAAUGGACUAGACUGAGACUGCCUUUAGGGGCGAUAGGACCCUGGCUGUCGUUGAUAUCUCUUUACCAUAAGUAUACUUUUUAUUUAUUUUGCUUUUUGAGUGACCCAUGGGAUUAGAGAUAUCUCAUUAGAUCCAUUUGUGUUCUUGAUAAAGAUGUGCCUCUCUGUUUUCUGUUUUUCUUGCUUCCAACCACGGGCAGUCAUGUGCUGGAGACAAAUUCCCUUUCAAAUCAGAAUGUCGGAAGCAAGGUGCCGAAGAUUGCAUGCAUCAUGGGAGUAUGCUAGUCGACACGGAAUAGCAAGUAAAGAUGCCUCGUCCAUAUAUGGUUAACUUGUAGUAUCAUUGGCCUAUUAUUGAAGGGGUUGAUUAAUUGCAGUUUGGUAUAAUCGGUAAGGAACCAUCAUUUCCCAAUUAUUUGUGUUUCCUUAUUUGAGUUUUUUCACUUCUAUUGUUUAAGCUUCUAAAUAACAUAAAAAGUACACAUGCACCCAAUAUAUAGUUUAUAGCUAUUCACAAAUGAAAUCACAAGAAUCUCUAUUGUUUGGAGAAUUUAAGUUCUAGAAGUACGUACCUUAGAGUUCAUAGUUGGUUCAGAAGUACUUUAGGAUACAAAAAUUGUUUUUUUGGAGUCGAGAGAUAUUGAAAUAAAAUAUCAACCAUGGUGGAUUGGCCGCAACUUACUUCACUCACGCAAUUGUGGGAAAAUUUCGAUUUAUCGGGUUUUUAUAGGACAUUGUACACCAAUGUGCUCUAUUGCAACACCAUUAUACAAUGUUAAAAGAUGGUCUCCUCUCGUCACUAGAGACAAUGCCUUUUUGUUCAUUGAAAGAAGCAAUAGCACAAGUUCUGGUCUUAUGGUUGUCAUAUUUCUCUCGACCUUUCAUCUUGGAAAUUGACGCUCCAUCUCAGGGGCAAGGUGUGGUACACAUGCUAGAGGAACACCCACUUGCUUUUUUAAUACUAGUCAUAAAAUAAGCCCUUAGUUAUAAGAAGCUUCCUCACAUGUGUGUGAACGUUAUGCUAUUAUAGACUAGAGUACUCCGUACCAAUUUGUUGUAGAAAGAGAGGUUCAACAAACACGUGGCAGAUGCUCCUUGAUGAUAUGAGGAACUCGAUUCUCAAGCUGAGGAACCAUCUUCCCAUUUCAUGGCUUUGUGAGCUCCUCCCAACACUGUUGGAUAUAAUCAAGUUCGAGAACUCCCAACAACCACAUCUCAUAGCCAUGCAUACACAAAUUCAAACUCUUAUAUGCGUUCCAUUCAACAACAAUGUCUAUAGUCAUUGUUUGCUUCAUUAAAGCGAUUCAUGAUGUUCAUUGCAAUAGUGCUUAAAUUACAUGGCCCUCCAUCCUCCAUUAUCACCAACCGUAAUAAAAUAUUCUUGAUCAAUUUUUGGAAAGUACUAUCCUACUUAAGUGGAACAAUGCUUCACCAUAGCAAUUGUCACCCAUAAAUGGAUUACUAAGUCGAAGUUAUGAAUUGAGUAGUAGAACAAUACUUAUGCAAUCUUACACUUGCUUGGCCAUAAAAAAUGGAGGAAUUACAUAUGUUAGGUUGGGUGUGGUUUCAACACUAGCUCACUUCAUGAAAGUCCCAAGAAAACGCCACUUCGAGGCAUAUAUCAGUGCUCCCAUCCUAUAACCUCAGCUUGCACACCCAAGUUUACAAAAGCACAUAUAGUGUAUGAGUACAUUAAAGAUUGCCAUCGCCUACCCAAAAC